CUCUCCGAUCUCGCCGUCAACAAGUCGAUCCAGAACUGAGGAGCGACGAAAACGAUCAUACGUCGUACUGGUGGCCUAACCUGAGUCCGGCCCAGACGGGAAUCUCAGUCAGCGUCGUUGCCUUCUACUCAAAGGUAUACACUUCCUUCGGUACUUGGACGCCCAAUUGAGCUCAGAAGCCGCCGAGCCGUCUUGCAGUAGACCGCCCUGGCGUCCUUCAGGUCCAACGCCUCGAGUGGUAUCCGACCGCUUUCCCGCUUGACAUCUGUCCCAACGAGGUUCCGGGUUUCGUUCUCCAGUUCUACAACCAGCCGCCCGGGAGCAGUUACAGGAGCUGUCCCUCAAACCGUCCUCUUGCGGCUUGGUCGUCUCCAUUCUUCCUCCAGAUCUUCCGCCCCCGAUAGGCCCUCUGGACUACACCCAUCACCUGCUCUCGCAAGAACAAGAAUGGCGCCCCGAAAUUUCGAUUUCCCAGUGCCGGCCGAGUCUCAGUCCCAGCCUGUGGAGGUCGUGACUGAUCGCCUCCAGACUCCAUCACUUGACAACCGGAAAUAUCGAGUCAUACGUUUGUCCAACAACCUCGAGGUAUUGCUUGUCCAUGAUAUAGAAACCGACAAAGCCAGCGCUGCCCUCGAUUGCAAUGUGGGCAACUUCAGCGACGAGAUUGAUAUGCCCGGAAUGGCACAUGCCGUGGAGCACCUUCUAUUCAUGGGCACCAAGAAGUAUCCCGUCGAGAACGAAUAUUCGCAAUACCUGGCGGCGAACUCGGGUAGCUCGAAUGCUUACACCGGCGCUACAUCAACCAAUUACUUCUUCGAAGUUUCUGCGCGGCCAGCCGACGAUAAGGAACCUUCAGACGAGAAUCCCUCCCCUUUGAAGGGCGCCUUGGAUCGAUUUGCCCAGUUCUUCAUCGAGCCUCUGUUCCUCGAGUCGACCCUGGACCGUGAGCUUCGCGCCGUGGACUCUGAGAACAAGAAGAACCUGCAGAGUGAUUCAUGGCGCCUUCACCAGCUUGAAAAAUCUCUUUCGAAUCCCAAUCAUCCUUACUGUCACUUCUCGACUGGUAACCUCGAGGUCCUCAAGGUGCAGCCUGAAGCGCGUGGGAUUAAUGUGCGCGAGAAGUUCAUAAAAUUCCACGAGAAGCAUUAUUCUGCCAAUCGCAUGAAGAUGGUUGUCCUCGGAAGGGAACCUCUGGAUGUACUUCAGGCAUGGGUCGCCGAGUUUUUCUCUGCCGUUCCCGAUAAAAAUCUGCCCCGAAAUCGCUGGGAGGAUGAGGUGCCCCUCCGAAAGAGCGAGCUUGGGAUGCAAGUCUUUGCUAAGCCAGUCAUGGAUUCGAGAGAGCUGAACAUAUGUUUCCCAUUCCUCGACGAAGAAAUGUUGUUCGAGACCCAGCCUAGCCGAUAUCUCAGCCAUCUGAUCGGCCAUGAAGGGCCAGGCAGUAUUAUGGCCUACCUCAAGUCCGAGGGCUGGGCGAAUGGCCUUAACGCUGGUGCCUACUCCGUAUGUCCUGGGACCGGGGGUAUCUUCGAGUGCCAGAUACGCCUAACCGAAGAGGGCCUUAAGAACUACAAGAAGAUCGUUAAGGUCUUCUUCCAGUACAUCUCGCUGCUGAAGGAGACGCCAGCCCAAGAAUGGAUAUUCGAAGAACAGAAGGGCAUGGCGGAUGUGAAUUUCAAGUUCAAGCAGAAGACUCCCGCGAGUCGAUUUACGAGCAAGAUCAGCUCCGGGAUGCAGAAACCCCUCCCUCGCGAGUGGCUUCUCAGCGGACAUAGCCGGCUGAGGAAAUUCGAUGCAGGCCUUAUUGAGCAGGGAUUGACCUGCCUCAGGCCCGACAACAUGCGCUUCACCAUCGUUUCGAGGAGCUUCCCAGGGAACUGGGACCGUAAGGAGAAGUGGUACGGCACGGAAUACCGCUACGAGAAGAUCCCCGAGGAAUUUCUUGCUGAGAUCGAACGUGCCUGGUCGAGCACCUCCGAUGAGCGGUUGCCUCAGUUGCACCUUCCUCACAAGAACAAUUUCAUCCCUACGAAACUUGAGGUCGAGAAGAAGGAGGUGAAGGAACCCGCUCUGGCGCCGCGUAUUGUUCGCAAGGACCUUCUGGCACGUACCUGGUUUAAGAAGGAUGAUACAUUCUGGGUCCCCAAGGCUAACGUGGUCGUCUCUUGCCGUAACCCUAACGUUUAUGCUUCAGCAGCGAAUGCCGUCAAGGCCAAGUUGUUCACGUACCUGGUACGAGAUGCUCUGGAGGAAUAUUCAUACGACGCCGAGUUAGCGGGAUUGCAGUACAGCGUCUCGCUCGACGCACGUGGUCUGUUCUUAGACCUUAGUGGCUACAACGACAAACUAGCCGUCCUUCUGCAGCAAGUCCUCGUCAUGGUCCGCGAUCUCGAAAUCAAGGACGACAGAUUUGAGAUUGUCAAAGAACGGCUCAACCGAGGGUACAAUAACUGGGAACUCCAGCAGCCCUUUAACCAGGUUUCCGACUACACAUCGUGGCUCAAUUCGGAGGUUGACUACGUCGUUGAGGAGUACCUGGCUGAGCUACCCAGCAUUACCGCCGAGGAUGUCCGCCAGUUCAAGAAGCUGAUGCUGUCGCAAAUGCGGAUCGAAGCAUUCGUUCACGGGAACGUAUACAAAGAGGAUGCACUGAAAAUAACCGAGAUGGUUUGCUCGACGCUGAAGCCUCGGAUACUGCCUCAAGCCCAGUGGCCCGUCAUCCGGUCUCUGAUUCUGCCCCCAGGGUCGAAUUAUGUGUACAGGAAGUCGCUCAAGGAUCCGGCCAAUGUCAACCACUGCCUCGAGACCUUCUUCUACGUCGGCGACAAGGGUGAUUACUGGGUGCGUGCCAAGACGCUCCUGUUGGAUCAGAUGGCGCAUGAACCUGCGUUUGAUCAACUACGUACCAAAGAGCAACUUGGGUAUGUCGUGUUCAGCGGCGCUCGAACCUUCUCGACAACUUACGGGUUCCGGUUUAUCAUCCAGAGCGAACGACGGCCCGAGUACCUGGAGUCCAGGAUCGAAGCCUUCCUGAACCUGUUUGCGACGACGCUGGAGAACAUGUCCGAUGCGGAGUUUGAAGGCCACAAGCGAAGUCUGAUUGUGAAGAGGUUGGAGAAGCUAAAGAAUCUCGACCAGGAAAGUAAUAGGCACUGGUCGCACAUUUCGAAUGAAUAUUUCUGCUUCGACCAAGCCCGACAAGAUGCCAAGCAUAUCAAGAAGCUCACAAAGGCCGAUAUGAUAGAAUUCUUCAAUCGGUACAUCAAGCCCGGCUCGCCGACCCGGGCCCAGCUGUCGGUACAUCUUGUCGCUCAAGGCUCUGCCCAGUCGGGCGAGAAGAUGCAGGCCUUGUUGGAGAGUCUGAAAGUGGACAAGAGCCAAGAGACAAAGGUCAAGGCUGCUCUCCUCCGGCCCGAGCUACGGAGCGACGCGGAGAACCUUCAGUUGUAUCUCAAGAACGAACUGAAGUUGUCGGAGGACAACGUUGCGGCAGUGCUUGCCGCUGCUAAAGAGCCCGAGACGGGGCCCAAAGUGAACGGCUCACAGGGCGAGGGCGCGUCAAACGAGGGACGGGAGCCACAGGUUAUUACUGACGUCCGUGACUUCCGGGCAAGCCUGCAGGCGACACCCGGAGCCCGGCCGGUCAAGGAUCUGAGCGAGUACGAAGACCUGGAUGCGAAACUAUAGAUACUCUCAUGGCAGGCUGGUUCUCCGCAUGGGCGGCGUUUUGAGGUCCCGGAAAGUUCGGGUGGGUGGGCAGAUGACAUUCGUCGGGUAGGUCAUGUGACGGAACGACAGCAUAGAGUUGUGAGAUUCAGUGAUAGCAAAAGUCCCGUUCUUUUGGCUUGCCAUUCCUCGGGCCUUACGAGGGAACGCAAUAUAUGGUGAAGGAUUGUGAAUCUUAUCGCAUCGGCCGUAUCGGCGGGUAGGAUCAACGAGGCGUUGGGCGAAUGAAACUCGGUUGGUGAGCGAAUUUAUGAUAUCUGUGCAUACUUUAACCCUCAACCUCUGGAUCCUAUCUCAUCAUUAAUUCUUUUGAUAUAAGCACACAAAGUUGCCUCGGAUUUUCUUCUCGCCUUCGUUGCUUCUCGGCCUGUUUGUCCCAGUACUGACGUAUAUAGUGAACCCCUGGUAGGAAGGCAACUAGCCCAGGGC